CGUUACAGAAACACAGGUAGACACAGUAUUAAGCAGUCGUGUAUCGUCUUCGAUAGUAUCAAUUAUUCCGAAUUGUAUAAAAGUAUUAUUGAAGAUCUCAAAAUUUUUCCUAUUCAGAUCAUCUAUAAAAUCACGUGAGACUUGAAUUUUAUUCUAAAUUAAUGUGUCUCUCCGCAGUUAUUUUUAAACACUUGGCACAAAUACAAGCAGCUAAUAUCUCAUCAAUAUUAAAAGAAAAGGACAGCUAAAUAUACAUAUAUCUAUAACACAUAUAAUAAAUUUAAUGAUUUAUCCUUCAAUUUACUCGAUAUAGAUAAACUUUUUAUACAUAUAUCAUAGAAUUGGAAUUUUUUCACAAUGCGUGCAGUGUUAUUUGCGAUCAUCAUUGUGAUCACUAUCGCUAACAUUAUGUGUGGCUUCGAUACAAAGUCUUUUGAAGAUAAAUUGUUUAGUAGGAUUACUAAUAAACAUAUAUUUACUCAUUUAUCUACAGCAAUUAUAACAUAUGUUGAAUUAAAGGAUGUAUCUAGUCUAAAAGAACCAUCAUAUAUAAACCAAUUAAUAAAAUCGAAAAACUUAAUAUUAAGUAAUAUGAGUUUAAAAAUGAUAACGACAUUACUUGCAAACGGCGUUAAAGAAGGAUCGACAGAGGAAGAAUUGAUGUCUUUGUGGAAUUUAACUGAUAAAAGAUCUUUAAACAAUGUAUACCUACAUGAAUUUACUUUCUUAAAGGAUAUCAAAAACAUCGAGAUGCAUUUAAAAAAUGCAAUAUAUGUUCAAAAGUCAAUUGAUUUAAGAGCAGAUUUUUCAUCAUUAUGCAUAAAUAAAUUUCAUUGUUCGAUUUCAAAAAUCGAUUUCAGAAAUGAAAUACAAGCUGCAGAAACUAUAAAUUCAUGGGUCCAAGACACAACAAAUAAUAAAAUGUUACACGUAAUUUCUCCAGUUAAUAUCGAUGAGGAUACAAAAAUUAUGUUGGUAAAUACUGCGUAUCUUAAUAUUGAGUGGCCAAACUUAAAAGAAGAAAUGGAGAAACGUGAAUUUCAUGUUUCUUCAUCAGAAUCGUAUUUUGUUCCAACAAUUAAAUUUGAAAAAACGACAUUUAUUCAUGGUGAAAUACCACAUUGGAAAGCCAAGUUUAUUGAAAUUCCAUUUUUGAAUACCAAUGUUACAAUGGAUAUAUUUUUACCAAAUGAAGAGAUGGAACCUGGAUCUGAAAGUCUGAACUACUUAUUAGAUAAACUUGAUUUUAAAGAGUUUAAAUUAUUUAAAACUGCAUAUACAAACAAAUUAGAGCAAGAUAUGGAAUUAUAUUUACCUAAAUUUACGAUUCAAUAUACUCAAAAUAUGACAGAUUUUUUUCAUGAAAGAAAUGUGAUCACAAUGUUUGAAGAUAAGGCGGAUUUUACACAUCUGUCAGAAAUUCCUCUAAAAGUGAGCAAUUUUGUUCAAAAAAUUUUCGUGAAGCUUACUGAAGAACAUUCAAAAAUUCCAGAAGUUGUCGAAAAAGAAAAAAGAAAAAGGAUAGAUUUGUCACAGGAUGAAUUGAUCGUAGAUCGUCCAUUUAUAUACAUAAUCGAAGCAAACGGAAUUAUAUGGUUUAUAGGAUCCGUGCGAGCACCAGACAAACGAGGAAUUAUAUUUACAAACGAUGAAUUAUAAAUUUUAUUAUGAAUAUAAAUUAUUCCAUUAUGAGUUAUAAUUUAAAUUCUACAUACAUUCUUAUGUUUAUGGAAAAUUUAUAUCACACAAUGUAUAUUAUAGCUUAACCUGUUUUGAAUUUUCUCAUUAUAUAUACAUUAUAUAUACAAAUUUAAGCAUUAAUAAAUAAAUAAUCUAUAUUUUGAAAA